GAGAGACUUGAGGCCAGGCGAUGAUACGGGGGGUCACUCAGAGCCUCGACGCCUCCGCUACCGCCCUACGCAAGGAUGGAUAAGCUCACUGUACCGUCAGUUCUGUUCUUCUGCGUCACCCUAGCAGGUGGCGGCGUAUGGGGAGGGGCGGUCAGUAAUGAGGGUCAGUGCGGCUGGCGGUGGUUUGGCAACACGCGACCCAGCAGGAUGGCGGGCGGCGACCUGGCGGGGAGAAACGAAUUCCCUUGGCAUGUCUCUCUGCAACUGAGACAUGACGAAGGGUUCCAAUCUGAGCACUUCUGCGGCGGCGCGGUGCUCAACAAGCGAUGGGUGCUCACCGCCAGACGCUGCUUUGACCUCCAGCGUUUCGCCAACAUGUCCAUUGACCCCUACAAGUCGGUGGUGGUCAGGGCCGGCGAACAUAACCUCAACCAGACGGAAUCGUCGGAGCAGAACAGAUUAGUGGAGGAAGUUGCUUACCUCCCCGGACAUGAUAUCGCCCUUCUGAAGGUGAUCGCGCCCUUCACGCUGCAGCCAAGAACCGUGGCCCCCAUCUGCCUGCCCGACCCCAGCGACGACCCACCGAGCCCCCCAGGUGACUGCGUGCUGGCUGGGUGGGGGGAUACGAACGCGGGUCCCUCCAACCUUCCGAUGAGCCUCAACAUGCCCAUUCUUAGCGGGAAUGAGUGUAUUAACUUCGGCGUUCCCUUCAGUGAGUCCAUCUGCGCUGGCUACGUCUUCGAGGACAAGGGUGCCGGUGCCCCAUGCUGGGGGGCCAUGGGUUCACCGCUGGCGUGCCGCGGGGCUGACGGGCGGUACUACGUGUGGGGCGUGUUGACCGACCUCACCUCCGUCUCCUGUCUGCCGCCUCACACGCCCGCUGUCUUCGCCGAGGUGGGUCACAGCAUGAACUGGAUCGAGCAGACCGUCGGCAGCGAGGAGGCUCCACCCACGCCCAGCCCUGAACUGCCCACCACGCCCCAAGAACCCCCGACGUCGCCCGAGUGCAAAAAAGAGGAUCGGAACACCCUUUAGGAUCUCCGU